AUGACACACUUUUUAAGUUAUGCUGACAGGUUACGAGCAGGACCACUGAAGAAACAGUCAGUUGUUUUUCCAAAUAAAAUUGAUGCUGUUAGCGAUCAAUCAUCUUCGCAACCCUCGUCAAAUUAUGUCACUCACAACAUCUCUAAAAGCAGUGGUAUUCAUUAUCGUCACUUGCAUGAUCAUAUAUUGGGUCAUGGCGCAAAUGUUAAUCAGUCUAACUCAUCCUUUAUUUCGACAUCAAAUGCCGAGACAUCUGGAAGUCCUACUGGUUAUCGUGAUAAAGUGGGUCAAACUUUCUCUUUCAUGAUUACGGGCAAUAGCCAAGGAUCUAUCUGGGGAACAGAUAUUUAUACAGAUGAUUCAAAUCUUCCUCUUGCUGCUGUUCAUGCUGGAGCUGUCAAGAUUGGUGAAACGAAAAGUGUUACUGUAAAAAUCCUUCCUGGUGAACUCAGCUAUCAAGCUAGUAUUCGUAAUGGUAUAACUUCUUUAUCAUAUGGUGCAUGGGAAGGUAGUUAUUCAUUUGUUGGAAUUCCAAUCACUACUGCAAUUAUUAUACCGGAUCUCCAAAUCUAUCGUGAUAGAGUCGGCCAAACUUUCUCUUUUAUGAUUACGGGUAGUAUUCAAGGAUCUGUCUGGGGAACAGAUAUUUACACAGAUGAUUCAAAUAUUGCUGUUGCUGCUGUUCAUACUGGAGUCGUUGAAAAUGGAGAAACUAAAAUGAUCAAUAUCAAAAUUCUUCCUGGUCGAUCUACAUAUCAAGGAACUACCCAAAAUGGUAUAACUUCUGCAUGGUAUAAUAUUUGGGAAGGAAGUUACUCAUUUAUUACAAGCACAACUAAUAUCACUACUGAUCACAGUCCAUUGACGCUAAAUACACAUGAACAGUAA